CCGCAAAACUUGUUCCCCCUCUCUUUGCCCCCCUUCUUCUCGAUUCCGCUCCGCAAACCCUUCCCCUCCUAGAAACCCUAGCUCUCGCCCCAUUGCCGCUCGAGUUGCUUCUUCGCCGCCGACAUGGGCUCCGAUGCAGACAUGGAGGACUACGGGUUCGAGUAUUCCGAUGAGGAGGUGGAGGAGGCGGACGUCGACAUCGAGAACCAGUACUACAACUCCAAAGGUAUGGUCGAGACAGACCCAGAGGGUGCACUUACUGGUUUUGGUUCGGUGGUUGGUAUGGAGCCUGAAAAGGCUGAAUGGGGAUUCAAGGCUCUCAAACAAACAGUGAAGCUUUAUUAUAAGCUGGGGAAGUACAAAGAAAUGAUGGAUGCCUACAGAGAGAUGUUGACAUACAUAAAAUCUGCUGUGACACGUAACUACAGCGAGAAAUGUAUAAAUAACAUCAUGGAUUUUGUUUCUGGGUCUGCUAGUCAGCACUUCUCUCUUCUUCAAGAGUUCUAUCAGACAACACUUAAAGCUCUGGAGGAGGCAAAAAAUGAGAGAUUAUGGUUUAAGACAAAUCUGAAACUUUGCAAAAUUUGGUUCGACAUGGGAGAGUAUGGUCGCAUGAACAAGAUACUGAAGGAGCUGCGUAAAUCUUGUCAAAAGGAAGAUGGAACUGAUGAUCAGAAGAAAGGCACACAACUUCUGGAAGUGUAUGCUAUUGAGAUUCAAAUGUACACUGAAACAAAGAAUAACAAAAAACUGAAGGAAUUAUACCAGAGGGCUCUUUCUAUCAAAUCAGCAAUACCUCAUCCAAGAAUUAUGGGUAUAAUUCGUGAAUGUGGUGGGAAGAUGCACAUGGCUGAGAGACAGUGGGCGGACGCAGCGACUGAUUUCUUUGAAGCAUUCAAAAACUACGAUGAAGCUGGCAAUCCACGGAGAAUCCAAUGCCUCAAAUAUCUUGUUCUUGCCAAUAUGUUGAUGGAGUCCGAAGUUAAUCCCUUUGAUGGACAAGAGGCCAAACCGUACAAAAAUGAUCCUGAAAUCCUCGCAAUGACAAACUUGAUUGCAGCAUACCAGAAGAAUGACAUCAUGGAGUUUGAAAAGAUCCUAAAGAGCAAUAGAAGAACAAUAAUGGAUGAUCCUUUUAUCCGUAAUUACAUUGAGGACCUAUUGAAGAACAUCAGAACUCAAGUUCUGCUCAAGCUUAUUAAGCCAUAUACAAGAAUAAGGAUUCCAUUCAUUUCACAGGAGCUAAAUGUUCCGGAAAAGGAUGUCGAGCAGCUCUUGGUGUCGUUGAUUCUGGACAACCGUGUCCAGGGCCAUAUAGAUCAGGUGAACAAGCUGCUAGAAUGCGGUGACAGGUCAAAGGGAAUGCGGAAGUAUCAGGCCAUCGACAAGUGGAAUACUCAGCUCAAAUCCAUUUACCAAACGGUGUCCAACAGAGUUGGGUGAGAGGUGGCAGGUUUCCAUUUGUACCUGCUACUUGGAGUACUUUUGGUGUCUGUGGGCUUAAGUGCAAAUGGGUACUUGAGAUGAGAUCCUGGAUCUGGAUGUGGGUAAAGAUGUCAGUGUAAUGAACGCAGCACACCAGUUGACAGAUUAUAUGUACUUAUCGCUUAUUUUCUGUGAUUUGACCAGCGGAAUGCUGGGAUUUUGUCCUGAACUGAAUGGGAUUCCAACUCUGCCGAGAUUUGGUUGAAAACUCGAAAUCCAUGCUAGUAGAGAGAUGCACAAAAAGUAUGCUUCCGGGGUGUAAUUUAAUUUGUUCAUUCAUAUCGCACUGGUUGA